AUGCGCCCCAUUCUUCGCUCUAUUCUUCCCAAAUCUAUCUUCGCUACCGUGGAACUUAGUAUCUGGGGCUGGGAAUUCCGGGAGAAAGCAGCGAUCCACGAGAAGCUGGGACCCGUUUUUGUCGUUGUUACUACAGGACUCAACCGGCUUGUUUGUGCGGACCCGUCCAUGGCCCAUACCAUCAUGUCUAGAAGGAGAGACUUUGUUCAUCCAGACAUUACCACCGAGACCAUGGGGUUUUUGGGUCCAAACAUUGUAACUGCUAAAGAUGAGUCCUGGUCCCGCCAGCGCCGUAUUGUCGCCCCGGCUCUGAACGAACGCAUUAGCCCAGAAGUGUGGAGAGUGAGCGUAGAACAAGCAUCUUCCAUGGCAGACCUCUUACCCUCAGUCUCCCCACCUGAUGCUGCCAAAGGGCCCGCCCAGAUAGUUCUUGGUCUUCGCACGAUCGCGAUGAACGUCCUCGGUCGUAUUGCGUAUGGGCAUGACAAGCCAUUCGCUUUAUCUCAGCCGGCGACCAAACCAUCCGCAGACAUCUCAUACGUUGAUGCUAUUUCUUUAGUCACCGACAAGCUCAUCUACGCUGCAUUUCUUCCUGCCAGCUUUCUGGGCUUGCCCUUCAUGCCGCAGGUAUCACAGCGAUUAGGUACAGCACUGAAGCGAUUGCCAGGGUUAACACAACACAUGCUCAAUCAGGAGCGCCAGAACAGUGUUUCUACAUCGCCGCAUGCUACGCAGACGACCGAGAGUCCAAAUAACAGUCGAAGCACCAUCAUGGAAGAACUUGUCCGCCUCUCAGACCAGGAGAAGAUACGGACAGACGCGUCAACGCCAGAGUCGGUGGACAAGGUUACCAAGAAGUUUCUCACCGAGGAAGAAAUCGCAGGAAACCUCUUCAUCUUCACCGCUGCUGGCUUUGACACAACCGCAAACACAAUGUCCUACGCCGUCGCGCUGCUCGCAGUGUAUCCGGAGUGGCAAGCCUGGAUCCAGACCGAGAUCGAUACUGUGCUUGGAGAACCUGACAUGUCGCCAAUAGACUAUGCAAGUGCAUUCCCGAAACUUGUUCGCUGUUUAGCUGUUAUGCUCGAGACCCUGCGCCUCUACCCGCCCGUAACUCUCCUCAUGCGAUCCAUAACCACGAGUCAGAACCUUGCCUUCGCAGACACGUCGUUCCAGAUCGCGGCUCCAUCCACCAUCUACGUCAACACAACGGCAUUGCAUACUUCACGCUCAACAUGGGGUUCUGAUGCCCUGUCCUUCAACCCCGCACGCUGGCUACAACCCGACACACCAGAGCCCACGCUCAUCACACCUGCGCAAGGAACCUUUAUGCCGUGGUCUGUCGGUCCGCGUGUAUGCCCUGGGCAGAAGAUGUCGCAGGUAGAAUUUGUAGCGGUUAUUGCGACGCUGUUUCGUAGAUGUAGUGCGCUACCAGUUGUCCGUGAAGGGGAAAGUACAGAAUUGGCGAGACAGCGCUUGCUCCAUUUGUUACAAGACAGUCAGCCGGUGUUGACGCUGCAGAUCAAUAAGCCUGAGGACGUUCAUAUACAUUGGGCUAAGCGAUGA